GAGUCUGAAGGUUGCCUCUACAAAGCAGGCAACGAGACAGAUCUUCAACGUCAUUUGUACACGUGGCACCCGGUCUGUAGCCAAGAGAACGACAUUGCUAAUUGGAACAUGAAGUGCGAUUUUCCGGAUUGCGAAUACAAGGGGAGAAAUGAUGAUCUGUGGAGGCACAAGGAGGCCGUCGGUCAUCAUCGGAAA